AUGAAAGUCCGCAUCAAACACUGGAACGCCAUCGCUCAAUGGCGCUGGAACACAGGAAACACAAAUCACAAUCAAGACAACGAAGGCGACGUCUGUGGGAUAUGUCGCGUCCCAUAUGAGGGGUGCUGUCUGUCGUGUAAGAUGACUUCUGGGGCGAAAUUCGAAUGCAGUCACGUAUUCCGCAUGCACCGUUUUCUCAAAUGGCUAGGAACGACUGCUUCGAAACAGCAGUGUCCUGUGGAUCGACGUGCUUGGGGUGCGUGUUUAUCUUAUGUCUAUAUCGCCAGGCGAAACUGCAGUCGGUACCUUUAG